AUGGUUCAAUCACAAACCCCAAGGCCGGUGAGGGAUAGCUUGAAUCCCAAUGGUUCGAGUCCCUCCAGCCCUCCAUCUGGACCAAAAGGAUCCCAGGGCAAAGUGCAGGCCGAGACGACACGGCAGCUGGAGCAGGACUUCAAGAGAAAGCACCUUGGUGUGGUAGGUGUGCUGGUGUGGAUACUGGUUGUGCAUCUUGCCGGCAUCUGGUUCUUCACGAAGGGGUUUCUCCUUACUCGCAUGGUCUUGGAAGACAAAUCAUCAUGCGAUGUCCUUCCCUUGGACAAUUCGGCCUCGCUGAGCAAGGCCCGUGAUGGUUGUUGGCACGACAAGUCCUUCGACAAAGCUGUUGUUAUCAUCAUAGAUGCCCUGCGCUAUGACUUUACAGUGCCAUUCGCCGCAAAGGACGAAAGUGAAUCCGCCCAUCUGUUUCAUGAUAAUAUCCCUGUUCUCUAUGAGACUGCAGUGAAGAAUCCUGCGAAUGCGUUUCUCCUGCCUUUCAUUGCAGACCCGCCGACCACGACCCUGCAACGACUCAAGGGAUUGACCACGGGCACUUUGCCCACGUUCCUCGAUGCCGGCUCCAACUUUGCUGGAAGUGCCAUUGACGAAGACAACUUGGUUGCCCAGCUGCGCAACGCUGGAAAGAACCUGGUCCAUCUUGGUGACGAUACCUGGCACGCUUUGUUCCCUGGUUACUUCGAUGCCAACCUCACCCACGCCUACGACUCGUUCAAUGUCUGGGAUUUGCACACUGUCGACAAUGGAGUCACAGAGCAUCUCUUCCCUCUUCUUCGCCCCGAAAACAGGUCUAAAUGGGAUGUCAUCUUUGGCCACUACCUCGGCGUCGAUCAUGCGGGCCACCGUUACGGUCCGAACCAUGCCGCAAUGGCUGCGAAGCUGCAGGAAAUGGACCGCGUCAUUCGCGAUGUCAUCGCUGCGCUGGACGAUAAGACUCUCCUGGUGGUCAUGGGCGACCACGGCAUGGAUAUCAAGGGCGACCACGGAGGCGAGUCAGAUGAUGAAGUUGAAGCCGCUUUGUGGAUGUACUCUAAGAAGGGUAUAUUUGGGCGUACGACAAAGGACACUUUGCUACCGCCCAAGCAUGCUCGCGAACGCUUCGUGCCGCAGAUUGAUCUCGUUCCGACUCUGUCGCUGCUUCUAGGAAUGCCGAUCCCCUUCAACAACCUCGGUUCUCCCAUUGAGGAAGCAUUUGCAGGAUCCAAAGGGAAUGACUUCGCGAACUUGUUGGCAGUCAACCGGUUGACUUCGAGUCAAAUUAAGAGGUAUCAGCACCAGUAUGCGAUUGUUCGGGGUGCGGGUGAUGAUGCCGAGUCCAUGGCUUUGUGGACUGCCGCGGAAGAAGAAUGGAAGACAGCCUCGAAGUCUAAGACUGCGGCUGUGCGUACUAGCUAUGAUUUGUACCGAAAGUAUCAGAGGCAUACGCUGGAAAUUUGUCGUGGAUUGUGGGCCCGAUUUGAUGUGCUAAGCAUGUUCCAGGGCAUUGUGAUUUUGUUUGCUGGGAUCGCUCUCCUUGUGUUCUAUGCCCGAGGCUUGAAAGGAGACCGAACGGAACUCACCCCUCGCCUUCUUACGUUUGUGGGUGUGGGAUCUGGCGUGGGUGCUGUGGCUGGCGCUGCUUCGGGGUUGUUCGCGGUCACGGAGAUGUCUCCUGUUGAAGCAUCUGCGCUGCAGGGGACUAUUGGAAGUCUUCUGGGUGCUUCCCUCGCAAUCUUCAAGGAAUCUUCGAACCUGACCUUGCCUCUUCCGAAUGGCAUGUGGGGAUGGCUCGCCGUCUUCUUCACUGUUUCUCAGUCAAUUGGGUUCGCUUCCAACUCGUACACGAUCUGGGAAGAUGAUAUCCUGCUGUUCUUCCUCACAACCUUUGGCAUAUGUGCCGGCAUCUCAUCCAUGCGGCAGAAGGCGACUACAGACCGGGUCCUGGGCGUGUAUCACUCAAUUCUGUUCGUCAUUCUGGGCCGGCUCGCUUCAUUCUCCCGCCUCUGUCGUGAAGAGCAGAUGCCCUUCUGUGUCUCGACCUACUACUCAUCCGCAACGUCCUCCAUCUCUGCACCCUGGCAACUUGCAAUUCCAUUUAUGGUGACCCUCUUCCUCCCCGGGGUCGUGCGGUCCUUUUAUGCCGGGUCCAAGUCCUACGAAGGUGCUGCUACCCUGUGGAUUGGCUUUGCGUUCCGUCUGGGUCUCCUGGUCACCUCGAUGUUUUGGAUACUCGAAGCUGCCGACGACGGCGAGUGGCUCCCCCUUCGCAAAGAUACCUUGAAAACCGUUCGGGUAUUUCUAGCACAGCUCGUGCUUGCACUGGCUUUUGGAGCUGGCACAGGCGCGUAUCUCUACUCCAAGCCCUGUGUCAGCAUCAACGUGAGCAAACCCCAAGACGACCCUAAUGCUCCUCCUGCGCCUAUCAUCGCCGGCCAGCAACAACAGCCCCGAACAACCGUCACCAUCCUUGGUUUCGGCAAUGUAUACGGCACACGCUUCUUCUUCCUAGUGAUCAACUUCGCACUCGCCAUCAUCCUCAUGCAAAAACCAAUGGGCCAGGGUGCCAUCGGCCUCCUCGUCUGGCAGAUUCUGUCCCUGUUGGAAAUCCUCGACACCAACGCCCUAACCCUGACCAACUCCGCCAUCGGCCCCGUCGUCCUAGGCCUGCUGGGAUCCUUCUACUUCUUCAAAACAGGCCACCAGGCCGUCCUCUCCAGCAUCCAGUGGGAAACAGCAUUCAUCCCUCUCUCCACCAUCAAGUAUCCCUGGUCGCCACUUCUGGUUAUCCUCAACACCUUCGGCGCCCAGAUCCUGGUCGCCAUCGCCGUCCCGCUCACUGUGCUAUGGAAACGGCCCCUCCAGACGCACGAUCGCGUCUCCCAGCCAUCAUCCCCAUCAGCCAAAUUAAUUAACCCCGCGGCGAAGAUGCUCUCGGACGUUGUGCAAGCUGCUACUUCCCACCUCCUCUACCUAGCAACUAUCAAUCUUGCUACCACCAUGUGGGCUGGCCAUCUCCGCCGCCAUCUCAUGCUCUACCGUAUCUUCAGCCCCCGUUUCAUGAUGGGUGCAGUUGUUUUGGCCGUUGUGGAUGUCGUCCUCAUCCUGUUCGCUGUCGCUGGUGUGCGGUGGAGCACUCUGAGCGUCGGCGAGAUUUUUGGGUGGUGA